UUGUGAUAUGAAGCAGAGCACCAGGAAAAGACUGACUGAAAGAACAAAGCAGAAGUGUCUGGAUGUCACCACAGACACGGGAUUUGCAAACCUGAGAGAGAGAAAUGUCCCAGGCUGGAAGGAACCAGAGCUCUCUUUUUAGAGCAUUUUAAAGAAAAGACCUGACAGAGCUUUAGGGAGAAAGGGGCAAUUGGAGGGACAAUGCAGCUGUCCUUCGCUGGGGUGAUUCUCUUCCUUGCAGGCUACUCCUCUGGGCUGGCUGCCCUGGAGCUGACUGGCCCUGGGGAGGUGAGCAGGGCCCUGGGCGAGUCGGUGUCCGUGCAGUGUCGGUACCAUAAAAGGUAUAAAGGAAAUAGCAAAUACUGGUGCAGAGGAGCAGUUUGGAGAACCUGUCACACAGCUGUUGAGACCACAGGGUUGGAGGCCGAGGCAAAGAGGGACAGAGUCUCCAUCAGAGACAACCCCAGGCUGUGCACAUUCACAGUGACCAUGGAGAACCUGACGCUGGGAGAUGCUGGGAUUUACUGGUGUGGGAUAAGCAGAUUUGGAUACGAUCCAGGAGUUCCUGUUGAGGUGACUGUUGUCCCAGCGCUUUCCACUGCAGUGAUGGUAACCACUGGAUCUCUCUCCCCAGCAAUAAGCACAACAAACGCAGCUGAGCACCCCAAAAGUUCUCCUUUCACCAGCGCUCUGUUCUUGCUGCCAGUGCUCCUGCUGGUUUUACUUAUGUUACUGAGCGGAGCCAUUCUCCUGGCCAGAAGAAUGAUGCUGAAGAGGAAAAAGGCUGCUGGAGCCAUUGGGCCUAGCCCAGCAGUGAAUGAGGCAAUUACCAGCACCGAAAGUGAUGUUUCCUAUGCAACUGUGAAACCAAAGCCUAGAAAAUCCAUCACUACAGCCCCAUCCCCUGACUCUGCUCAGGCCGAGCCCAGUCCAGAAAGGGCGGAAUAUUCAGCUGUAGCUCCAGGGAUGACAGAUAUUUCUUACGCCACAGUGAAAUAUCCAAUCCUGGAUGAGCAGGCAAUCUAUGUCAACGUGGGCAGGUCAUCCAACCAACCCCGCUUGAGCAGCCCUCUGGAACAAACAGAGUACUGCGAGCUGAAAAGGAAAUAGGCUCCCCCCGGAACAUCUCCCUCCUCCCUGUAGUUGUGUGGAAGUGCGAAGAUUGCAACUGCUUGGAGCAGCGCUGCAAGGGAUGGAAUCGCCCAAGAUGAGCUGGUGCUGGUGGAGACCCAGCCAGAUUAAGCAAAUGCCAGAUGGAACUACAGUCUAUUGAACUGUCUCGCCAGAAUGGUCUGAUGCAGCUGAACAUGAUGUGGUGUAAUGGGGGGGAACGCCGUGGAGAGGCAGAAGAAUCACUUCCUCAGUCUUAUUUAUUUACAUGUAUGUCAGUCCUCACCUGUGCUCUCUCACGCAAGUUAAAGC